AGAAGGUACCACUGCCAAGCAGUGUUAUCCACUUCUCUCUCUCGUUUCUCAUUUCUUCUUCUGUUCCAAAUUCUUGGUUAGAAAUGGCGUCUUUAUCAAUUUGUAAUAAUUCAGGGAAACUCUCUUCCUCGUUUUCACCUUCAUCCCUCAAUUUGUCUUCAUUUCAACGCGUCUCCGUUCAGUUCCUUCAAACGCACAACAAACACACUUGUUCCCUUCCUUCCACUCCAAGGCCUCUCACUGUCAUUUCCAUGGCUCCCCCUAAGCCUGGUGGUGGUAAAGCCAAGAAAGUGACUGGUAUUAUAAAGCUGGCACUGGAAAUGUUCCUUAUUACUUCAUAUAAUGUGAGCACUUCCGUAUCUCGAUCGUCUAUUUUCAAAAACAAAAAGGUAGCUUCUCCGAGCCUGAGUUUUGGUAGAACGAAAAUCAGAGCAGUUGGUACUGUUCCAGAAAAGGCAAGUAUUGGAGCACUCCAGGAAGAUGAAGAAGAGGCUUCUGUGAAAUUUGCAUUUGUCAGCUCAGUAUUACUACCAGAUGGGACACCAGACGUGCAGCUCCGCAAAGCUUGUGGUGGUCAAAAACUUAGAGACAUAAUGUUGGAUGCUAAUGUGGAGUUGUAUGGACCUUAUGCGAGGCCUUUGCUUAAUUGUGGGGGAGGAGGAACUUGUGGGACAUGUUUAGUUGAGGUUGUUGAAGGAAAGGAGCUACUGAACCCUCGUACUGACAAGGAGAACAAUCACGAUGAAUUAAAACGGCAUCCAAAGAAUUGGAGGCUAGCUUGCCAGGCAAUUGUUGGUAAACCCGAUUCUAGAGGCAUGAUGGUCAUUCAACAACUUCCUGAAUGGAAAGCACACGAAUGGAAUUACAGAGGAUUACCGCCUAUUCACGAAGAAGAAGAAAAACAAUAAGCUGAAAUGUGGGGUAAAUAAUGUCUUUUGCGCAUAUGGUCAUUCAACAACUUUCUGAAUGAAAAGCACACGAAUGAAAUUAUAGAGGAUUACCGCCUAUUCAAGAAAAAGAAGAAAAAACAAUAAGCAUCAAUAGAUCCUCAUCUUUAUCCUGAGAUGACGUUUGUCUUGCUUUACAGCAUUAUGUGCCAAUUUAUUCGUAGCCUAAUAGUGGAAGAAUGACGACAAUCUGCUCUUAA